AUGGAUCUCAACAAGUACAAUUCCCAGUGGGUCUCGUUCCACAUUCGGGACCACAUCAAGGAUGGCGAGAUCCUCGUGCAGAACACCGUCAUUGAAGGCGGCGAGUUCAUUGACCCCAACAACCGCCGCCGGUCGCUCUCGGAAGAGGAGAUCGAUGAGAUCAAGAUCGAGCCCAACGGCGUCGGCGAGAUCGGCGCCUACAGCCGUCGCGGCAGCGAGGGCCGUCUAGACUUGUUUCAUGACAAUGAUAAGAUCUGCGAGCUCCACUGGGAAAACCGCGGUGGAGACUAUGUCAAUUUGGUCGAGGUGCUUGACAAGAGCGACAAGUAUACCAUCGAGCAUUGCGGAUGGAGUGCUGAUGCCGGUCCCCUGGGACACGUCUUUGUCGAUGUCUUGGAAAAGAAGAAAUAA